AUGGUGGCUUUGAAAUAUGUGCCGCUUAUUGCCGCAUUUCCGAUCGUUCUCCACGCCGAGAAAUUCUUUGUCAGAUUAAAAUCCCCUGAGGUCAGUAUGGAGACCUUUUUGCGGUCGGACGAACUUGUUCGCAUAGCAAACCAUGCCAAGCCAUUUAUCGAACAAUCUUUCGCCUUUGGAGACUUUGCAGCCUUUGUCGGUGACUUCUCCAAGGACAUGUUAAAGCACUUGUCUCAGUCGAAACUAGUUCUUGAUAUCACCCCGGACAUUAUCAUAAAAGCGAUGGAUGACGUUGAAACACAGAGUCCUGCUCCCAGACAUUUGGCCCGUCUCUCCCAGCUCGACAGACUUCCGCCACCAGGAGCCUAUCAAUCCUUAGACUACUUCUACGACUCUAGCAACACUGGUGAAGGUGUCUACGCGUACGUCAUUGAUAGUGGGGUCAGGGUAGACCACCCAGAAUUCGAGGGCCGCGCAGUGUUCGGUAAGGAUUUUACAGGCGAGGGAUCAGGUGACUUUAACGGCCAUGGAACUCACGUAGCAGGCAUCAUCGGCUCCAAGACCUACGGCGUGGCGAAGGACAUCACCAUUGUCGACGUCAAGGCCCUUGAUUUCCGCGGCUCGGGCAGCCUUUCCGGUGUGGUCGGAGCACUUGAGUACGCCGUUAACCACCGCCUCACACAUGGUAACCGUGGGGUGGCUAAUCUUUCGCUUGGCGCUGCUCGCAACAGCGUCUUGAACCUGGCCAUCAAGGCCGCAUAUGAAUCGGGGCUAGUCAUCAUUGCGGCCGCAGGAAACUCCAACAUUGACGCAUGCAUCACCAGCCCCGGGGGUCUGUCGCAUGCGCUCACGGUGGGUGCGAUUGACGACAAGUCCGACCAGCUUGCCAGUUUCACUAACUGGGGGAGCUGUGUGGAUGUGUUUGCCAGCGGGGUAUACGUGUACAGUUUGAGCAACCUGGAUGUGAAGAAACUGGUGGCAUUAUCUGGCACCUCCAUGGCGUCGCCUGUGGUUGCGGGGCUCGCAGGCACACUCUUGGGCGCAGGGGUGGCUCCAGAGGAUAUUAAACAGACGGUAGUGGAUCUUUCGAGUGAAGGCUACAUUAGCCGUAGGAGCGUCCUCUUGAGACCGUUCACACCCAAUAGAAUCGCAUUUAAUAGAGUCACUGAGGAGCACAGCGACUCAGCAGGCGACUCAGAAGGCGAAGAGUAG